GCUCUCCGUAGGAGUGGCUCUAAUGUUUCGACAUCAUCAUCAUCACCUCACCCGGCGUGAAAGACAGCGGCCAGGCUAGAUGGUACCUCGACUCGGCAGCUAACGUUGAGGGGGAUCUGCGUUUCCAAAGGAAGAGCUCUGCAUUUCUCUCACUGUGUGGAGGCUACAGGCUGAACUGAACCACCAUGGCUCUCUACGAAUAUGUCACUCAGGACCAGCUGGCGGGCUUCGACAAAUACAAGUACAGCGCAGUGGACUCGAAUCCCCUGUCUGUCUACGUCAUGCACCCUUUCUGGAACUUUGUGGUGAAGUUUCUCCCAACAUGGUUGGCCCCAAACCUCAUUACAUUCACAGGCUUUAUGUUCCUUGUGUUGAAUUUCCUCAUGUUGGCCUUCUACGACUUUGACUUCACUGCCUCUGCUAAAGGACAUGAACACGUGCCUAGUUGGGUCUGGGUUGCUGCAGGGAUCUUCAACUUCUUGGCCUAUACACUCGAUGGUGUUGAUGGGAAGCAGGCUCGUCGCACCAACUCCUCCACGCCACUAGGGGAGCUGUUUGACCACGGCCUGGACAGUUGGGCCUGUAUCUUCUUCGUGGCCACCGUCUACUCCAUAUUUGGGCGUGGGGAAUGUGGCGUGGCCGUGGCCACACUAUAUUACAUCCUGUGGGUGGUACUGUUCUCAUUCAUUCUAUCUCACUGGGAGAAAUACAACACUGGCAUCUUGUUUCUGCCGUGGGGAUACGACAUCAGCCAAGUGACAAUCUCCCUCGUUUACAUGGUCACCGCCGUGGUCGGCGUAGAAACAUGGUACCAGCCAAUCCUGUGGCGCUUCCUCUAUAGAGACCUUUUCAGCUUUAUGAUCAUCGCCUGUUCCUUCACUGUGACCUUACCCAUGAGCCUCUUCAACGUCCUGAAAGGUCACCGCAGUAACACUCUGAAGCACAGCAGCCUGUACGAAGCCUUCCUGCCCUUCCUGUCUCCCGUCCUCCUCUUCCUCUUGUCCACCAUUUGGGUGGUCUUCUCUCCAAACAACGUCCUCGAGCUGCAGCCCAGGACCUUCUACCUCAUGGUGGGGACGGCCUUCGCUAAUGUCACGUGUAAGCUGAUUGUGUGUCAGAUGAGUAACACGCGUUGCCAGGCGCUGAGCUGGCUGUUGCUGCCCAUGACGCCAGUGGUGUUGUUAGCGGUGACUGGGGUGGUCGCCAACGAGACCCUACUGCUGUAUCUGUGGACAGCUGCUGUUAUACUAGCACACAUACACUACGGCGUUUCAGUGGUACAACAGCUCAGCAACCACUUCAACAUCUUGGCCUUCUCCCUGAAGAAGACCAGCAGUGACUGACAGGAGGAGGAACGAAUCGGCUUGAAAGAAGCGGAGGUUUAGGCUCCUCGGCUUAUCGACACUUCACUCUCGUCACCACGGAAACCGCAUCCCCUCCCCUCCAUCCAUGAGGACAAAGCUAGUGGAAUGGACUGUUUUCCACUAUCCCUAAACACACAUACACAUACAUACACAUCCAUUCCCAACCAACCAAACUCUGGUCUCUGCGAUGGGGUGGGCCCAGGAGCUCUGGCUUCCGUCAUUGGUGAUUGGCUAACUCGGGUUGAGCCAAUGAGGUGCAAUUGUUUCCUACGGAAAUGUGCUCCAGUCAUGAGGACAGGAGCCAGGCAAACACACACCUACAUGUACAUACAUAAUUCUGCUUUCGUGCAGAUCAUUUCUAUCUCGUGGCAGGUAUUUCAAAUACAAACACAGCCACACACACACACACACAGUUGCACUCACAUAGUAUUAUGAAUGUAUAAUAUGCCUUGGGGAAACGCCAUUUAAGUUUAAUUAUAGUAACAGGAAUGCCUCAAGUAGUGUUAUUUCAAACCUGACCCAACCUCUAAAUUGUGGCCAUCCACAGCUGUGUCCAAAGUUUAAAGGUUCGGUCAUCUCUUUUCAUCAUGGGAUGGUUUUCAGCUGGAAAUCCCAGUGAUAUAUGUUAAUAGCUAUAUAUAUAUAUAUACUAUAUGUGUUAAGGGGUUUGGGGCAUUUUAUUUUCAAACUGAAAUGAAACUGAUUACUCCUGUAAAACAUUGUAUAAAUUUCUCUAAUUAAUUCCCCAUCCUGCUCUGUGAUGACGGUUGUCAGGAGUAAACAGAGUUGGAUUCUGACUAACAAAUGACCAGGGUGACCUCUGACCUUUUGAACUCUGCUAACCUUCAACUUGGACCUCUGACAGAGCACUGGCCUCCCAGCUCUCCCUACCUUCUGAGGUGUCGUGUCUUCAUGCUGAUUCGUUCCUUUACCUUUUUUUUUUUUUUUUUACAUUUUUUAUAUACAUAUAUAUUUGGUAGUAUUUUUGUUAAUCGGUCGCCACGGCAAUGGUUUGUGGUUUAUUUGCGCAGCGCUUGAAUGAAGAGUGCGUUCAAAAACCGGUAACGGAGCGGACUCACUCUGAGGGAACAAGCCGUCGCACAGGACACCGCAAACGCCGCAACACCGCCUGGCGUCGCACCGCUCGCACAGAUAUUAUCACACCUUUUAUACUGUCUGUCGGAUAACUUGUGGAUUGUUGCGGUUUUUUCUUUUUUCAAUCUGUUAAACACUGUUUCUCUGCGUGAUUCAGAUUAUGUUUUCAUGGUGAAAUGGCAUGUUCAUUCAGUACUGGACUGGACUUGGUUUUCUCGUCAAACUGGUUUUCACUGCCGGGCCAAAUCUGAUUUGAUAGGGCUUACCAAUCAUCCGUGUCACCUUUCAUUGCAAAGAAUCUGUCAUUUUCUUCAUGUUACAACAAAGACUGUCUGUAGUUUGGAGGAAAUACAUUCUUUUGAGUGAAACCUGA